AUGGCAACACCAAAGUUCAACUCCAAGUCGCCCACCAUCCGUCGCAUCCUCCGCGAAGCCCAAGAACUCUCCGCUUCACCCUCCCCCGAUUACACAGCCACUCCGCUCGAAUCAGACCUCUUCGAGUGGCACUUCACCCUCCGCGGGCCUCCUAAUUCGGUUUACGCCGACGGCAUCUACCACGGCCGCAUCGUUCUCCCACAAGCCUACCCGCUACGACCUCCAUCCUUCCGCUUCGUCACACCUUCCGGGCGCUUCGAAGCCAACCGCGAGAUUUGUCUUUCCAUCAGCGGCCACCACGAAGAGACAUGGCAGCCCGCCUGGGGAGUACGCACCGCCCUGGUCGCACUGCGCUCCUUCAUGGAGACAGACCCCAAGGGGCAGCUGGGCGGUCUUGACGCGACGGAAGCCGUGCGCAGGCGGAUGGCGACCGAGUCGAGGGCAUGGAAGUGUCAGGCCUGCGGGAAGACAAACGAGGAGAUUAUCUGGGAGUGUGAGGAGGCAGCCAAGGAACACCAAGGGGAAGGUCAGGCCGAGGUAGAGGUGCCGAGCGACUUGAAGAUGGGGUGGCGGGACGAGAUGGACAAAAACAGUAGCGGUGCGGCAGCGGCGUCGAGAUCUGGGGCGCAACAAGACGAGGAGGAUACUGAAAGUGCAGAGCUGGCCGAAGGUUUCGUACAAACGGUGCCUUUACCACCUACGCCACAGCCUAGGUCGGUAGGGAUUACUUCAUCUUCCUCGACUCCAGCGCAACCAGGGCAGGGUGUGCCACAGCCGACGAGGACGAUCCCUCUGCCUUCACAGUUUAAUCCCCACCCCCAGCCUAUGAUGCAGCAUCGUCACCCACGGCAGGUUAGGGUGAGUAACGACGAGGUGACGUUCUGGAUCGACCGAUUAAUUGUAGUUCUAUCCAUCGCCCUUGCUGCCAUGAUACUCAAAGUUUUUCUGGCAUAGCUGCCAUAAUUCAUUUUUCAAGGCUUUCU